UGACCCUUACCCUCCCAAACAUGGCGAAAUUCAUCGUUUCACCUAAAUUGCUGAGACUGAAACCCAGGCUAACGCCAAUAGUCUCGCUUCCUUCCUCUCAUUUCCUUCACUACCACUUCCCAAAACCAACCUCGUCUUCUUCCACUGCUUCAUUUCCUCAAACUCUCCCAACAUCUUAUUCUCUUCCUCCUAAACCUGUUUCUCCACUUAACACUGCUGCAACUUUCAAUAACGUUAUACUCGACCCGCGCCAUCUCUCCUGCUGUAUGCCUGAUAAACGCCUUAAAGUGGCCGUUCUGCUUAGCGGCGGUGUCGAUAGCAGUGUCGCUCUUCGUCUCCUUCAUGCCGCUGGUCACUCCUGCACUGCUUUCUACCUCAAAAUUUGGUUCCAAGAAGACUUUGAGAACUACUGGACAGAAUGCCCCUGGGAAGAAGAUUUGAAGUAUGCUAGGGCUGUUUGUGAUCAGGUUGAUGUUCCUUUGCAAGUUGUGCAGUUGACUGAUGAAUAUUGGAACAAUGUGGUUUCCUACAUUAUUGAGGAGUAUCGAUGUGGCCGUACUCCAAAUCCAGAUGUUCUUUGCAAUACAAGAAUAAAAUUCGGUGCAUUUAUGGACGCUAUCUACAAUAUGGAUUAUGACUAUAUUGCUUCUGGGCACUAUGCCAAUGUUGUUCACCCAUCUGCUGAUCAAAGCAAUAAGGCUUCUAUCUUAGAACUAUCACAGGACAUGGUCAAGGAUCAAACAUACUUCCUUUCGCAUCUCUCACAGUUCCAGCUCAAACAACUUAUUUUCCCACUUGGAUGUCUCUCAAAGGAUGAAGUUCGCCAACUAGCUGCUAAAUUUGACUUGCCUAACAAAGGUAGGAAGGAUUCACAAGGAAUUUGCUUUCUUGGGAAGAUAAGGUUCAGUGAUUUUGUUGCAAGGCAUAUUGGGGAGAUGGAAGGAAUCAUAUUAGAAGCCGAGACAGGAGACUUCCUUGGGAAACAUAGAGGGUUUUGGUUCUACACAAUUGGUCAACGCCAAGGCCUACGUCUCCCUGGGGGACCUUGGUAUGUGGUUCAGAAGGAUGUAAAAAAUAAUGUUGUAUUUGUGUCAAGAAAUUAUUUCUCGUUGGACAAAAGAAGGCGUGUGUUUCGUGUUGGCUCUUUGAAGUGGUUUAGUGGGUCACCUCCUAACCAUAUUGAUCAGCUCCAAUGCAAGGUCAGACAUGGUCCUGGCUUUUAUAACUGCAAUUUUAAAAUGGAGCAUGGUGAAGAUGGCAAUGACGAUAUUGCGGUUGUCCAGUUAUAUGAGGAUGAUCAAGGUCUUGCCGCUGGGCAGUUUGCAGCCUUCUAUGAGGGACAAACCUGCAUAGGUUCUGGUGUGAUACUGGAGUCCUGGGAUGAUCGGGGAUUUCCCGUUUGUGCAAAGGCUCUUGAGAUUGCAAGAAUGGAAGAUAAAUCAGAACUUGGGAAACCAGUUAAGAUCAUGACAAAACCAGGAACUCUUGCAUAAAUAUCUGUUGCCAAUGACUACACUGAACCCUCCCCAAGCUCGAUUGGUUGCUGAAUUUCUGUCUCAGAUAAAAGGGAACAUGCAACUGCAGAGCAUGCAAUGAGCAGAGUUUUAGUUGAUAAUUUGGUUGCAUCUACUUGAGGUUACAUAUGUGGCCUCCUAAUGCUGGGAAAUUUUAAUGGACUCUGGAGGUGGGGGUUUAUGUUUCGUCCAUAUUUUCUUCAUGGAGAGCUCUUUUUAUGGAUUAGCUCCUUCAAUUAAACUUAUUUCACCCAUAUUGUUCUAUAUCACUGCUGUUAAGUAAUUUAUGGAGCAAGUCUUGUUGCCAUUGUUUGGAAA